AUGUCGGAUUUCGUGAUGCCGCAAAAACUGGUCAAGAGGCCCGCAGACAUGCGCGCCUUUGAAGUAUCCCAGGCGGCGAGGCGGUUAAUUCAUUUCAUACAGUCUCUCAACCUCGCAGCCCGGUGCUCAACGCUUUCAACCGAGACGCACCCAAGAAGUGCCGUGACCAUCGAGCGCCUUAUUGCGGUGCUGUGUGUGGUGGAAUGUUGGGCUGUAGAUUUCCCACCGAAGAAACAGUUGUCACGCUUUGGAAACGCAUCUUUUCGAGACUGGCACAGACGCCUAACUAUAUCAUCGCAUGACUUAUGUUAUGAUAUGCUGUUUCUUUCACUAUUUGGUCGCUACUCAACGGCCGCUGUUACUGAGCUGGCGCCAUACUUUCUUCAAGGCUUUGGAAAUGCCUCCCGAGUUGACUACGGGACCGGACAUGAGACCAUGUUUGUUUGUUUCUUGCUUUGCUUGGAGGCAAUUGGACUGCUAAACAAGAGCGACCAUCGAGUCAUUGUGACUCGAGUGUUUUCAAAGUAUUUAUCUGUUGUGCGAAUGCUGCAAACAAAAUAUUGGCUUGAGCCAGCUGGCUCCCGGGGUGCAUGGGGGCUUGAUGACUACUGUUUUCUCCCAUUUUACUGGGGCUCGUCUCAACUUGUUCACCAUGACGCGAUCACACCCGCUUCAAUCCACGACGAUAGGGUUGUACAGGAAAAUGCAAAUGAGUUCCUUUAUCUUGACUCUCUACUUUUCAUAAAGACGGUGAAAAGGGGAUCAAUAUCUGAGACUUCUCCAUUACUGUUUGAUAUUAGCGGAGUUAUGAGUUGGGAGAAAGUCAAUCGCGGUCUUUUAAAGAUGUAUCAGGUAGUUGAAUGUCUCGGAAAAUUUCCGAUCGCACAGCAUUUUUUGUUUGGCACUAUCUUGCGGAUGGAUCCUGCAAGUGAAGGCGAGCACGUUUCCAAUAGAGCUCCGCUUGCCUAAAAUCAGCGUCAAACAUGUCUGCGACCAUGGUGUAACCUGGUGAAUCAAUCACAUUAAAACUAUUUAUAGACAUGCAAUUCCGAACUGGCUCAUUAGCAUUCUAGCCGUUGCAAAAGCUCUGCGAGCUCAUCAGGAGUUUUUAAUUUAAGCCUCUCCAUGUAUAUAUCUCCAUAAUAUUUUUGCAGUACGGCGGCCAUCUGGCGAUGGGCUUCAACGAUGUUGUUUUUCACUGGAUUCAGUAUUAUUUCUCUGGUCGACGCGCCUGUUACGUACAGCGACAUAUGUUUGACCAUUCUCGUCAAAUCAUUUUCAAGGGAAUUGUUUACAGACGCAACUACUUUGGAGAGCCUUUCACCUGUAGCGAAAGCAGCCUUGGAUAAAGGAGCAUUUACAUGUGGACUUGAUACACGAAAAGCAGUCAACUUCGCAAGAAAUCCAAGUAUCGGUCCGACGAUAGUUCUCGUGAGAUGCAUGAUGUAUGCUUCGCAUGAUGACCUCAGGAGUUUUUCUAGCUCCGUGCGGCAAUCAGCUGUCGACUCGACAACUCUUGGAGCGCCCUUCGUUGCAAGUACAACCAGGGCAUUUUCAGUUGGUGAUAUCGAAAAGACACUAAGUCCUCCAUUGAGCAUGCGUUGCAUUUCUCCGUUUAAAUGUGAAAAAUUAAGUUCGCGAGUCGGAAGAAAAUGUUCAGUCAGAUGGGAUUCAAAAGGCGAGAUAUGCUCACGUAGGAGUAUAAGAUACUUGAUCAUAAACAGCAGCCCAUCCGAUUCACUAGCGCUGCUCGCAACAAUCUGGCUUGAUUUUUUUAUUGACAUUAAACAUUGCAAAACUGCAUCUUCGGC